ACCUGGUGACUCUGCCGCACGUCGAGCGGUGAAAUCGAUGCGUAACUCGCAACUCAAAAUCCUGUCCAUUCUGUCGCCCCCUUUCGCCAUGAGGGCAGCUGAGGGGUCGAGUUCUGCUUACGAGGGCAUCAGCGUCGACCUGGCGAGGGAAAUAUCCAGGCUGCUGGGUUUCAACUACACCUUCAACCCUGCGCUGGAUGAGUACGGCGAGUUCAACCCAACUCAACAACGAUGGACAGGACUCAUUGGAGAGAUUGUUGAAAAGAGGGCUGAUAUGAUCAUCGCUGAUCUGCCCAUCACCAGCGACCGCCAGAGGGCAGUGGACUUCAGUUCCCCUUGGAUGAGCUACGGCCUAUCAGCGCUGUAUAGACCAGACGCUCCUGCAUCACCGUACACGCUGCUGUUGUCGCCGCUAUCACUCGAGCUGUGGCUGGCAACCGCCAUCACAUACGCCCUUCUUGCCCUCAUCUACGCCUACAUCAACAGCCUUCAGAGACGCGGCCUGCGUAGGCUGGGAGCCGCGGGUUGCGGGGAGCACAACUCCAGCGCGGUUUCGUCGAGGGCCGUGAUGAUCGUGAUGUGGUUGUUCACUGCCGUGACAAUGUCCUGUUACAUCGCUAACUUGUCGGCCGUGUUUCAAUAUCCACAGCGCGGUUUCGUCGAGGGCCGUGAUGAUCGUGAUGUGGUUGUUCACUGCCGUGACAAUGUCCUGUUACAUCGCUAACUUGUCGGCCGUGUUUCAAUAUCCACAGCGCGGUUUCGUCGAGGGCCGUGAUGAUCGUGAUGUGGUUGUUCACUGCCGUGACAAUGUCCUGUUACAUCGCUAACUUGUC